GCGUCUCAGUCCCGGCCCCGGAGUAGCCGCGGCUUCUCGCCUACCAACUCCAGCGCCAACCCGGACCCUGACCCAGAGCUUCUCCAGCGGCGACGCAGAGAGCAGGGCUCCCCGCAGUAACUUCCUCCGCGCAGCUCCGCCACCCCCGGGAGUCCCGGGGCGCACCUGCAAACUCCCGCUUGUGCCGGUGCGGGAGCCCGAGCGAGCCAUGGCCAACGCGGGGCUGCAGCUGCUGGGCUUCAUCCUGGCUUUCCUGGGCUGGAUUGGCUCCAUUGUCAGCACGGCGCUGCCCCAGUGGAGGAUUUACUCCUACGCUGGCGACAACAUCGUGACGGCCCAGGCCAUCUACGAGGGGCUGUGGAUGUCCUGCGUGUCGCAGAGCACCGGGCAGAUCCAGUGCAAAAUCUUCGACUCCUUGCUGAAUCUGAACAGCACUCUGCAAGCAACCCGCGCCUUGAUGGUGAUUGGCAUCCUGCUGGGACUAGUAGCCAUCUUUGUGGCCAUUGUCGGCAUGAAGUGUAUGAAGUGCCUGGAAGACAACGAGGCACAGAAGAUGCGGAUGGCUGUCAUUGGGGGCGUGAUCUUUCUUAUUUCAGGUCUGGCUAUUUUAGUUGCCACAGCAUGGUAUGGCAAUAGAAUUGUUCAAGAAUUCUAUGACCCCAUGACCCCGGUCAAUGCCAGGUAUGAAUUUGGUCAGGCUCUCUUCACUGGCUGGGCUGCUGCUUCCCUCUGCCUUCUGGGAGGCGCCCUACUUUGCUGCUCCUGUACCUGGAAAACAACAUCGUACCCAACACCAAGGCCCUAUCCAAAACCUGCACCUUCCAGUGGGAAAGACUACGUGUGACACAGAAGCAAAAGGAGACCACCCUGUUGGAACAAUCAGAAAAUGAACAUUGAAAUACUGUAUUGGCAUUAAGAUCUUAGAUUUUGACUAUUGUAGUCUGAACUGUGGUAUUACCAAAAGAACAUAUUUUGUUAAAUACCCAUUGCUAAAAAUGACAUAGUCUUAUUUUAUCUCCUUUCCUCAAUAUAAGAGGGAAGCCUUUUCUAUUUGUAUUACUGCUUCCCACUGGGUCAUCAUCUCAAAUGUGGGGAGAGGGCAUUCCUUAAAUAUAUAUAGAUAUGUACAUGUACAUGUUUUUCUAUAAAAAAGUUAGGUAGUAAAACCUCAUUAUGUUGGCACCAGCAUUCUUAAAAUAUAUCUUAAAA